GGUUGUUGCUGCUUUUUGUUUCUUUUUUGCUGGGGAAGCCAGUUCCAGUCAAAUCUGUCAGAUUUUCCUUGCAGUGAAAUGUGUUGAUCUUUUUAAACACCUUAUUAGACUCAUAGUCAAAUCAAACCCUUUUCUGAAGGUCUCUUUAGAGCUCGUUGUGGCAACAGCAAAGAGGACAGCAGAGCCGAGAUGUCAAAGGCUGAGAUUAGACACAAGGCUGGAACGACAGGCCCCUGGUCUGGAACACCUGAUUGUGGAUCUGAAGAAGGAGAGGAGGCUGCACGAUGUAGGCAGGCUGCUCACUAGUGGGACUCCAUACUGUUCUCUGGGGGGGACCAUGGAGCCAGAAGGGCAACCCCUAACCCCAGGGACCAGCUAUGGGCCCCCACCCUUCAACUCAGCACAAAAUCCCGUCACCCCAACUUUCCUCAACAGCACCUUAGAGUCCUCAUGUUCUCCAAAUCUGAGAGAUGGCCUGAUGUCUGCUAAAUGCUCGUGGGGCCUCACCGGGGAGGAGGGUACCAAGCAGAGCGAGGGCCCCGAGUCCGGUGCCGACCUGGGGAGGAGCGCACAGAGGAGAUUCAAGUCCUCGGCCUUUCCUUCCUCCUUAAGCUGGGACUCUGACUCUGAGAAAGAAACACUAGAUGAGGAGGAGCUACAGAACUUUUCUAACCCUCACGGUCUGGCUGCUCACAGUCCAGGAUCUCCUUCUUCUGGACUCAGACUUGAUAGUGAAGAUGACCAAGAACCUGAUAAACUGCAGCACUUCCAUAGUAAGACUGACACACCUACACCUACACCUGCACCUACACCUGCUGAGGGGCACAGUGAUAACAAUGAGAGCACAAAGUCAGAGGAGCCAAAUAUGUCCCAGCCUGGCCAAACAGAAUUAGCAGACAGCAAAGUCUGGAAUGUAUCUGAGGGAGCUGAGCCAUUCCUGUCUAAAGUAAAACCAAAGGAAGGUUGCCAAAUGGAGGAGGAGGAGGAGGAGGAGGUGCUGGAAAACAGUGAGGAAGAAAAAAAGCCCAAGGGAAAGGAAACCAAGGAGCCUGAGAGAGAUGUGUACACCUUCCCUGGAGACUCAGACCAAGAGAGUCCCCCUCCAGCACCCUGGGCUCAUUGCACAUUCAUUCAGCGGUGCAGAAAGAAGAGGGUGCUGCUCAGGCCCUUCUCAGGACUUGGCACCUUUAAGCGUACAUUGCCUGAGACUGCCAAAUUGGCAAGACCUAGUCCUCAAAAAUCUGAAAUGGUGCAGCUGAAUAGAGGUGGAGAGGUUUAUGACUUUGAGGAAGUCAGCUUUGGAGAGGGAGGGGUGGAACCCAUAAAGUUCAGAGAUAGAGGUGGGAGAAGGGACAAAGAAGGAGAAGAAAGUGGGGUGGAGUCAGAUAAAGAGAUUUUCACCUGUGUGGAGUGCAGCAUUUACUUUAAGAAGCAGGUCCAUCUGCAGGAACACAUGAUUGAGCACAAUCAGAGUGGUGCAGGGGGUGGCAGGCGGUUAGGAAAGGCCAGCCGGUUUCAGUGUGUUGAGUGUGGAUGGAACCUGCAGAAUCGACUUGCACUAGCAGAGCACCACAGAAGGCACCAAGAGUCCCGUCUGAAGAUCCUGGAAGAGAUUGAGAAACUGAAUGAAAAUGGGAAAGCAAAGGAAAUUCAGACACUGGACAGCAAGGUGUUGAAGAAUAGAAGUGGAGACCCGACUGUUAUGGAAAAUACCGGCCCAGUCUCAAUACUAAAAAAAGUGUUAGACCAAGAAAUAGUCAAAUGUCCACCUCUAUCGCCAGCAUCAGCACCAGACACAGAGUCAGGAGUCCUUGAUCUUGAUGCAGCCCCACCAAAUUCAGUUCGAACCCCAACUCAGACGCGAGCUCUCUCUACCUACCGCCGCCGCUUUGUCUGCACCAAGUGUAACUUCAGCACAAGAACAUCCCAGGCACUAGCUAAUCACUCCAAGACCCACACCAGGAAAAAAAACACUCUCCAUCCUGAAUCUUCUUCCUCUGGUUCACCAUCCAGUUUGGCAUCUACUUCCCUGGCUUGUGGUCACUGUGGCUUCCUGACCUCCAGUGAAACCAUACUGAGGGAACACCGGGCACUUGUUCACCCGGGACAGAUUGACGAGUCCGGCCCGCGUUUAAAGGCUAAUAUUGGAGCAAGAAUUUUAAAACCCAACCUAGACCCUGAGAUCAUCUCCGAGUCCGAUGCAGCUCAAGGCAAAAGCCAGCAAGCAAUCACUGCCGCUGACAAUAGCAAAACACAGGACAGCGCUGCAGCUCAGCCUGCGAGACAGGUGGUCUUCAACAGGAGAUUCAGCAGAAGAGGCAAGACUUGGAGUGAUCUGGCCAAGCUUGAUACCGCGAUGAAUGAUGAAAAGCUGCCUGAGAGUGAGGAGGAAGAGCAGGACCAAGAUCAGAGGACAGAGUUUAACACCGAGCUGUCUCAGGAAGAGGAAAGCUCACCAGUGGGAGUGAGGCCUCAGACCAGAGUGCGAUCCAACAUGGAUGACGGGUCCUUGCAGCAGAGUGCUACAUUAUCACUCCCCACUAAGAAGAGUGGAAAGGACGAUGACAAGCAGGAAGCGGAAAAAGAUGGGAAGGUUUUCUUUCUGAGGAGGAGCACCAGGGUCACCGCCGCUCCUGUAGAAAUUGACAGUGACGACGACGACGACACUGACGAGGAACGCGUGCGACGUUUCCUGUCAGAGGCCAUCCUGGAUGAAGACAAAGACGAGAUUGAUGAGGACACAGAGGUGCUGAAGAGCGUGGAGAGGAAAUGCCCCUACUGCCCCGAUCGAUUUCAUAAUGGAAUUGGGCUUGCCAAUCAUGUGAGGGGCCACCUGAACCGAGUGGGCGUCAGCUACAAUGUGCGUCACUUCAUAUCCCCUGAGGAAGUCAACGCGAUUGAGAAGAAGUUUUCUUAUCAGAAGAAGAAGAAAAAAGUUGCCAACUUUGAUCCGGACACCUUCAGUGUCAUGCACUGUGAGUUCUGUAGUGCCGGCUUCGAUACCCGGGCGGGCUUGUCAAGCCACGCUCGGGCCCACCUCCGCGACUUCGGCAUCACUAACUGGGACGUUACCAUCUCUCCAAUCCACAUCCUGAGGGAGUUGUUCUCCAGCAGGCCCGACCUCGUAAUCCCCACGGCUCCCCCUCGGAGUUCUGGCUCUCCAGAGGAGGGGGAGGAGGAGGAAGAGGAGGAGGAGGGUGAAGAGGAGAAAGACACAGAGGAUGAAGGGGAGAGAAUUGUUGAGGUAAAGCUGGAGGAGGAGACAAGCGAAAGGACCCUGAGUGCUGCUCUUUCUGAUGCACUGCCUUCAGCAUCUCCCCAACCCUGGAAGAAGAGGGACGGAGCAGAAGAGUGUGAAGGUGAUGACGAGGAGGCAGCGGAGGAAGAUGAUGAUGAGGAGCUGCAGCUUUCAGCCCUGGAUGGUUUGAGCUCAAGUCCCGGGGAAACAGGGCUGCACCGCGUGAAGGCAGACAGCCUCUCACCUGGGGAGGAUGCAGACACCACGGGCAACAACUUGAAGUGUGAGGUGUGCGAAGCUAAGUUCGAGACCAGGCGUGGCCUCUCCAUCCACGCCCGCUCUCACUUGCGCCAGCUGGGCAUCACCGUUUCUGACAGCAGCGAGACCUCCAUCGACCUUCUCCAUCGAAUUGCCAAGGAGCGCAACGCAGACAGCAAAAUAAGCUCACCUCCUCUGGAGCCGCUCGGUGCCAAGAGCCCCUCCACGUCUGUUCCCCUGAAAGAUGAGGACAUGGACUUAGACGAGAGACCCGUCCCUCUCUCCAUCUUGGCCAAAGCAGCAAAAGCAGUGCCGCCCUCUUCCUCCUCUACACCUUCCCCGGGUGCUUCUCCAGCUCCGGCUCACUCCAGCUCCCCUUCCUCGGUAGUGAAGAAAGCCCCCAUUUCCUCUCUACUGCCUGUGUCUUCCCCCUUGCGCUCUCCUGAGCACAAGGCAGGGGGCAUGAAAAGCUUGACCUCUAACCUCUCUGGCUCAGCAACCAUCACAACAGGCAAACCCCUCUGGGCACCAGAGGAGAAUGAUGCUCCUCUCAACCUCACACUGGAGGUGGACCCCAACAAGGACAUUGUUUGUCAGCUGUGUGGCGCCUGGUUUGAAACCCGGAAAGGCUUAUCCAGCCAUGCUCGAGCCCACCUGCGGCACUUUGGGGUGGAGUACUCUGAAUCCAAGGGCUCUCCCAUAAACCUCCUGAACCAGCUCAUCGAUACUGAUGACUUCAAGCACAAAGCCAGUGCACUGCAGCUCGACAACCACACGGAGCCACGGGGUCUCGCCACCACUACACUCUCCUCCCCAAAGCCACCCUUGCUGACACUCUCCUCCUCUUCCUCUUCAUCACUCCUCUACAAGGUGACCACAACCGGGAGUGGAUCAACAUCCAAAGCUACCUCUUCCUCUGCCUCGUCUGUACUUGGCCCACCUGCCAAGCGUCUCAAGUCCUCUUCCAUGCAGGUCUUCCGCCUCAGUAGUGGGGAACUCAUGGCACUUCCACACAGUGAACCUCCUAAGGAAAUAGGCUGUGAAUUCUGUGGGGAAUAUUUUGAGAAUCGCAAAGGACUGUCUAGCCACGCUCGCUCUCACCUACGUCAAAUGGGCAUUACAGAGUGGUCUGUCAACGGUUCCCCAAUCGACACCCUGAGGGAGAUCAUCACAAGACGGGGCCUGCCUUGCGCCCUGCCUCUAAAACCUCUCAAAACGCCGCCUCCAUCUUCUCCAGGACCCCCUCGUUCCCCCCUUUCAGUCUCCUCUUCUCCCUCAGCUACUCUCCUCAGUCGCCUGCCCUUCGCCUUCGCCCGCCCCGCCAGUCCCCCUCAGCCUGCGGUGUCUAAGUCGAGCUCAGCUCCACCGACGUCUUCUAGUGGGCUGAUUCUCAAGCUGAAGCCUGAGCCGGUGCAGCUAGAGGUCACCACACCUGGAGCUGUAGGGAGAUCUGGAGGUUUUUCCGCAGAUUCUCUCAACUCUGGCUGGAGGAGCUCUGACAGUUCGUUUCCUCUCAAUUUAGCCAUGGCCCAUGAAGUGGAGCCUACGAGGGAUAUUCGCUGCGAGUUCUGCGGGGAAUAUUUUGAGAAUCGUAAAGGCCUCUCCAGCCACGCCCGCUCCCACCUGCGGCAGAUGGGCAUUACAGAGUGGUCCGUCAAUGGCUCACCCAUUGACACCCUGAGGGAGGUUAUGCACAAGAGAGGGGUAGGAGGCUCCUCCCAGUCAGACCAAGGAGUGAAGAAGGAGCUGAGCCAAGGAGCAAAUAGUCCCCUAUGGGAGAGCACAGGGGGCGCCAGUGGCUCUGAAGGUUUGGGUGCUUCGGGUUACCAGUCCUCCAAAUUCCGUAAAUCUCCUCUCAGCUUGCUGCAGUCAGGGUCAAGGCUCCAUAAGCAGGGUGUGGGGUCUGUGGGCCCAUCUACUACUCCAUCUGCAGGGAAGUUUUUCAGGAUGUCCCCACUGGGGAAAAGGCCUCUGUCCGAGGAAGCUCAGUCGGUGGAGACUGCACGCUCAUCUCCACAUCCGCUUAAGACUUUCUCAUCCCUUCCACACGAUUUCUCCUUCAAAAGAAAACCUUCCCCAGACAAGCAUGGACACCAGGAUCCCAGUUGUGAGCUGUGUGGUUUCUACUUUGAGAACCGUAAGGCUUUAGCCAGCCACGCGCGAGCCCACCUCAGGCAGUUUGGCGUGACUGAGUGGUGUGUAAAUGGAUCACCUAUUGAGACGCUUAGCGCUUGGAUGCGCAGCAGGCCGCAGAAGGUGCUGGAGAUGCACCGCAGCUACAUGCAGGGUAACCGCACCGCCCUCAAGAAGAAGAGCAGCUCACCUCUCACUGCGGAUUCUGAUCAUAUCCUCCCCAUCUCAUCGCAGAAGGCUUCCUCUUCAUCCUCCUCCUCCUCCUCCUCUCAGUGGUCUUCUUCUUUGGCCGUCAGCCUGGUGCGUCCACUGAGCCACGAGGUCAGCCAAGGCUCUUCCAAGACUGCAGAGGAGGAAACUGGUACCAACUUCCAGGAUGCUCCCAUCAGGGCUGGCCGCAGCAGUCCCAGCCUCUCGCGGCUCGGCAGCAGCCACCCGCUUCAAGCACAGGUGGCGCGCAGUGAGCUGAAUGUCCGCCUGCCCAGAGGCUUUGAGCGUCGGCCCUUGAAGCACCCGUCUUGCCCGGACGGAACAGAGAGGGAUAGCGGCCCUCCUAAGCCCCCGCGCACAGGCACCGUCCCUGCCCUGGUGCCCAAACCACCCUCCUACCCGCUGGUCAAAGUGGUGGGCAAGUUCUACACCCUGAAGUGCCGAUUCUGUGAGGUAGAGUUCCACGGGCCGCUGUCGGUGCAGGAGGACUGGAUCAGACACCUCCAGCAGCACAUUCUCAAGAUGAACUACAACAAGCCUGCUGGUGCCAAAGCAACAGCCACUGAACCGCCUGCCCUGGUUGAUGAUCCAGCACCAGUCCAGGCCUCUGCCCCAGCCUCCACCUCUACCUCCAGAACCACCUCUACCGCACCUGCUCUCACUUCCACCCCAAACAGCAUCGCAGCUCCCAAGAGCCGCUCCCCCUCGCCUGCGGCCGAGUGUGCUCCCGCUAUCACUGCCACAGAGAUAGUACAAGUCUCAGAGGAGCAGCCAACCCUAACUCCGACUCCUAUUCCCCUCCCCACCCAGACAGCUGGUGUUUAGGAGGAGCGUUCUCCCUCCCAAAGAGCCCUCUGAGCCCCAAGCACCUUUUGAAGCAGCUUUCUAGACUGUUACUAAGUCCCGUUGCCAUGAGAACGAAGCUCUACUGGCUUAUCUGCACACCAGGGAUGGGUGAUUACGGAAAAUGUCCAAGGUUAUGAGGAGAGAUGGACUAAUGUUUUUUUGUUUGCCUUGUUUAUAUUGAAUGUCCAGAUGUGAAUCGUUGCUGUACCCCUCUCAUUCACUGGGCAAUUUAGGGUUUAAUAUAGCCCUUUAUUAAACUUUAACACCUUGUCUACUACAGGUUCCCCUCCAAUCUUCUACUAAUGAACAGCGUAUUAAAGGACCUGUGAGGUUUUGAUAAUUUCUAUCACCACAUUGGUAGCUUUGGCUUCAGUCUCUCACCUAAAGGUCCUGACUGAGAUUAAUCAACAAUUCUAAUCAUGCUAGUCUUGUGGUUGAGACUUUAAACAUGCGAUAACACUUAGUGUUAAUAAAGGCACUUUUGAUGUUGACACUUAGCACUUAAUGAAAUACCAUUUUAAAUAGGUUAAUAAUGUGUUCUGGGGAUGCACUGAUGUAUGGGCCUAACACUGAUAUCAGCUGAUAUCGGCCUUGUUGACUCAUAUCUGCUCAUUAGCAAAUAAGAUGGGAUUUACAGAUAUCAGUGGCCGAUAAUUACUUAUAGUGAUGAUUGAGUUUUGCGCUUGAUAAAUGUGACGCAGCGUGAGAAAACCAUGCCCAUUUUUUAUACUUUUUUGUUUCCUGAAAUUUCCAAAAGUCUAGAUUAAUGUGUAAAAUCAGAUUGCAUCUGUUUAUUUUCUACAAAUUUUUACAUUGAACAUGUCCAAAUGUGUCCAUUCUUUGAAUUAUUGUUAUUCAGAUUGAUGACAGUCACCACAGGCCAAAGAUGCAUCGCUAAGGAGCCAAAUUUUUUGCUGGCUGAGUGGCCGGGUCGCACCCCCAGCUCUGUUGUUAAGUUUUUGCCCCUCAGUGCGUUGUUUUAUUUUAAGUGUAUGCAUCAGAAACUAUUCAAUAUACUACAGUUUUCAGGCAUAGUGUGAAGAGACAGUGCAGACAGCGAAGUUAAGAUAACAAAUACUGGAAAUAUAAGACCGCUUCUUGAUUGUGUUGCUGCUCGGCUGUUUUUGUGAGCAGCCGGGAUUCUCAAUCUGCACGUUUGGCCGGGUUUCCAUGUGCUUUUCCUUUGCUGCGUCACAAAUGUUUAAAGGUUUUACCAUGAAGACCUUUUAAAACACUUAAUUUUCUAUAAUAAAUAUUGCUUUGUUCUCCCAGGACAGGGAUCAGCAAACCUUACUGUCAAAAGAGACAUUUUUGAGCAAUUUUUGACCAAACAAAUCUGUAUGGAGCCAUAAAACAUAUUUGACUAUUACAAUGAAGCCUAAAUUAAAAGCGAAAGAAGUGCGUGAGGUAUAAAUUAGCAUAUCAGUGUUACUAAUGUUGAUAUGCCUGUGAUCAUCUGCGAUCAUGCACUCUAACUUUGUAUUUGUAUUUAUGAAAUUAUAGCACUAAAAUAAUGAAAAUUGUUUUUUUUUGUUUUUUUUUAUUGGCAAUAAAAUAAAACAAUUAGGAACAUUGAAGUAGUUAUGAAGCUAUACAGGCCACUUUGAGUCCUACCAGUGUUUGUGCAAAUUAAUCACAUCAAAAGUAGCCUUUGAUAAUAAAUAAGAAAAUGAGCCUAAUAGCUUUAAAAAUAACGUUAAAGAUUUUGAUAUCUUUAACUUGCGUGAUUUUUUUUUGAAGGCGCAACAUAGCGUCACGUCACU